AUGUGUGAUCGCAGUCUCUACAGAUCUGGCUACGUUGGUUCUCUCUUGAACUUGCAAUCUCCAGAUUCCUUUUACUUUCCUAAUUUGCGGGCUAAUGGCAGUCAAUUGGCGGCUCUGCCCACCAUUUCCUACCCCCGGAGCUCGAUCCCGUGGACUUGCUCAAGUUCGUGCGCAGCCCAGCCGCAGAGCCACGCGUUCGGCGGCGCGGCGCAGCCUUACCUCCCCGGCUCCGUUCCAAUCAACAUCAGCUCCAACGGCAACAAAGAGUGCCUGGAAGACAACAAUAAAUAUUACGCCCACGAUGCGAGCUCCAAACAAGAGGAGAGAUGCAGGCAGAGGCAAUCUUUUGCAAAUGACCCAACUGUUACUCACGCAGCCAACUUAAAGUCCGUAAAGUAUGACCACUCGAGCCUGCAGAGAAGUUUGCAUGGCUCGGCUGCCCUUUUUGAAGUGAAUUCCUGCACUUCCAGCUUAAAGGAGGACAUCAAGAAUUCCGUCAACUUGAACCUGACAGUUCAGCCCGCAGCAGUCCAGUCAUGCCUCAGACCUUCAGUGCAGGAUGGUUUGCCUUGGUGUCCCACCCAGGGGAGAUCGAGAAAGAAACGGAAACCUUACACAAAACAACAAAUUGCUGAAUUGGAAAACGAGUUUCUCCUCAAUGAGUUUAUUAACCGACAGAAGAGGAAAGAACUAUCAAACAGACUGAAUUUAAGCGAUCAGCAAGUUAAAAUUUGGUUUCAGAACCGGCGGAUGAAAAAGAAGAGAGUAGUAAUGCGUGAGCAGGCGCUUUCUAUGUACUAG